UAUUAUUCAAUCCAUCUAAAUUCAACUCCCAAUCCCAAUAUAAAAAAUAAAUAAGUAAAUAAAACCAACAAUAAACAAAUAAUUGGCUAGAUAAAUAAAUAAUAUAAUAUUACAAAAUACAAAUGGGCAGAAGCGAAACAAUAAGACAGAGACCUCCGUCCCACCAAAAGCUGCAGCGAAGCAGUUAUAUUGAAGCCUAAGCAACCCAACCAAAAUGCCCCACCUCUCAUACCACACAUGUCGGCAGAGCAACCACAGCUGAGAGAGAAAACAUUUGUUUACACGCUCUCUCAGAAACCAGACUCCAUUACCCAACAUUCAAAAUCUUCGUUUUUGGUGUUCCAACUUUCUCUGUGAAUUUGUUUCAGGAGUUGAAGUUAAAGUGGGAAGUCGAAGAGAGUUCAGCUUCAGAGUCAAGGUUGAAAAAGCACAGAGAGAAAUUUGAGGGAUUAAAUUUUCAAUGUUGGUCCAAGACCGUGCAGCCCCCAAGUCCCCUAAACAAUCCCAGAUCAGAACCUUGCCUACUACUCUUCGUCCAAACCGCUUUUCCGAGUCCAAGAGCCUCGAUUUCUCCACAUGGCUAUCGGAUAACCUCUACAAGAUUAUCUCAAUCUUGCUCCUGAUUGCCACUGUAGCCGCCCUUUACUUCCUCCGCAACGUCGGCGACACUGCAGCUCUCCUUUGCUUCGAAAAGGAAGCUGAAGCCCUUGAGAAGAUCCAAUUCCCGCAUGUGAAUUGGAAUUCCAUACCACCCAACUCUGAUAAGUCCUCCCCCUACGCGAAUUUCCGAUCGGAGCGGUGGAUCGUCGUUUCCGUUUCCAAUUACCCAACCGAUUCGCUCCGCAAGCUCGUCAAGAUCAAAGGGUGGCAGGUCUUGGCGAUUGGAAAUUCACAGACGCCGUCGGAUUGGAGCCUUAAAGGUGCAAUCUUUUUGUCCUUGGAACAGCAGGCUAAAUUGGACUUUCGCGUACUGGAUUACCUUCCUUACGAGUCGUUUGUUAGGAAGACCGUGGGGUAUUUGUUUGCCAUCCAACACGGCGCGAAGAAGAUCUUCGAUGCUGACGAUCGCGGCGAUGUGAUCGAUGGCGAUUUGGGUAAGCACUUUGAUGUAGAAUUGAUAGGAGAAGGUGCUAGGCAAGAGACGAUUUUGCAGUAUAGCCAUGAGAAUCCGAAUAGGACUGUUGUGAACCCUUAUAUUCAUUUUGGGCAACGGUCUGUUUGGCCUAGGGGUUUGCCUCUGGAAAAUGUAGGUGAAGUUGGGCAUGAAGAGUUUUACACUGAAGUUUUCAGUGGAAAGCAGUUCAUACAACAGGGUAUCUCUAAUGGUCUCCCUGAUGUUGAUUCGGUUUUCUAUUUCACCAGGAAAUCGGGUUUGGAAGCCUUUGAUAUUAGGUUUGAUGAGCAUGCUCCCAAAGUGGCAUUGCCUCAAGGAAUGAUGGUGCCUGUUAAUUCUUUCAAUACAAUUUACCAUUCUUCAGCGUUUUGGGCUUUAAUGCUUCCUGUUUCUAUUAGCUCAAUGGCUUCUGAUGUGUUGAGGGGCUACUGGGGACAAAGGCUGUUGUGGGAGAUAGGUGGGUAUGUUGUUGUUUACCCACCUACGGUUCAUAGAUAUGAUAGAAUUGAGGCAUACCCAUUUUCAGAAGAGAAAGAUCUCCAUGUAAAUGUAGGUCGCCUAAUUAAGUUUUUGAUUUCUUGGAGAUCGAAUAAGCAUAGAUUGUUUGAGAAGAUCCUGGAAUUAAGUUAUGCAAUGGCAGAGGAGGGAUUCUGGACUGAGAAAGAUGUAAAGUUUACUGCUGCUUGGCUUCAGGAUUUGGUUGCCGUUGGUUACCAGCAGCCAAGACUAAUGUCAUUUGAACUGGAUCGACCACGGGCGAGUAUUGGUCAUGGGGAUCGGAAAGAGUUUUUCCCAAGAAAAUUGCCAUCUGUUCAUCUUGGUGUUGAAGAAACAGGAACAGUGAGUUAUGAGAUUGGAAAUUUGAUUCGAUGGAGGAAGUACUUUGGCAAUGUUGUUCUUAUUAUGUUCUGCAGUGGCCCUGUAGAACGUACAGCUCUUGAGUGGAGAUUGCUUUAUGGGCGAAUAUUCAAAACCGUGGUCAUUUUGUCUGGACAGAAGAACCCAGAUCUUGCUGUUGAAGAAGGUCAAUUGGACCGACUAUACAAAGACCUACCCAAGAUAUUCGAUCGAUUUACCAGUGCAGAGGGAUUUUUGUUCCUUCAGGAUGAUACGAUUCUUAAUUACUGGAAUCUUCUGGAAGGAGACAAGACUAAACUGUGGAUAACAAACAAGGUGUCCGAAUCUUGGACUACUGUUUCAACCAAUGAUAACUCAGAUUGGUUCUCAAAACAAGCAGCUAUGGUAAACAACAUUGUCAGCACGAUGCCAGCUCAUUUCCAAGUCAGUUACAAAGAAACUGUAAAAAGUGGCCAGAGCCUUACAAUAUGCAACUCUGAGGUAUUCUAUAUCCCUCGGCAUUUUGUAGCUGAUUUUGCGGAUCUUGUUAAUUUAGUGGGAAAUCAAGAAGUCCAUCAGAAGGUUGCAAUUCCCUUGUUCUUUUUAUCAAUGGAUUCACCUCAGAAUUUUGACUCAGUGCUUAGUACAAUGAUUUAUAAGCAAACACCACCUUCUAUGAAUUCUUCUAGCCUUUAUUCAUCCAAAGUACCUGCUGUUCACCCAUGGAGUGUAUCGAGCGAACAGGAAUUUAUAAAUUUGAUCAGAUUAAUGGGAUAUGGUGAUCCUCUCCUAACGGAGUUAGUAUGAAGAGAAUAAUAAUCUCUGGGUACAAAAAAUAGCAGCAAGAGAUGAAGAAAGAUACGCGUACCACUUCCUUUUUGUUAUACCAAAAUCCUUGUAUUCUUUUCCUUCAUUCUUUUUUCUUUUUCUAGGGGAGGGUAUAUCUUUUGUCUUCUUUUUUUUUUUUUUUUUUUUUUUUUUUUUUUUUUUGACCUUUUGUAGAUUUACCUUGUAAUAUUCAUUACUGAUUGGACACUUAUCUGAACAAAGAUGUAUCCAUCUUUGCUUUUUGUUCGUGAAUAUAUGAAAGGAGAAAUUGUAUUAAACAUUGAUAACCCAAUAGUUUAAUAUUUCGAAUCUUAAAUCGUUUAAGCAAACUUCAAUGUGUUUGCCAAUAUACCCGUUUCUUGGGUCUUAUAAUAUAGAAAUCUUAUAGAAAGUAAUCGGCAAAAUUGAAAUUAAUUUGCUUGUAACUUUGUUACUUUAUUCAUAUUUGACAACAUGAAACUCAUUAAUUAUCUUGAUCGAUAACUAAAAUUGACAGACGUUUUCCGGAGCGCAGAAGAGAUAACGUCUUAAAUUCUUUAAACGUAGUAAGAAAAUUAUCAAACCAUAAUUGGUAGGAGAAAAGAAAUAUUAUCAACAAUGAUAGAAACAUGUUCUGAGGUCUGCAAAAUAACAGUACAGACACCAGUGCCUAAGCCUGUAAAUACGUAGGAUUGCAUCAGGAAAUGGGUAAAACUUCACAUCAAAGACAUUUCCCAACAC